AUGGUAGCCUCAGCAACUGGAGUUACGCAAACACUAUUCGACUUCACGCGGACAGACCAGGUCAACAAUUGGACAGAGUACUCGGACACUGUCAAGCCGGCGGGGAUGUCCAAGGCAGUUCUGGUGAUCCAAAAGACUCAACUAGUUCAGCGAGCUAUUUUCUUCUCCCUGUUCAACCCGCGGCCCAACAAAAUAGGAUUUGCAGCUGUACGCUGUGAUACUAAUUUUAAUCUACAGGAUUUUAAUUAUGUGACGAUAAAGUGUCGCGGACAGGGCAUUAAUUUGAGGUACAAAAUGGUUUUGAGACACAGAGGCAUUAUUGAUAAUAAUUCGAUGGUCUUCGGGCAAGUAUUUACGGCACCAGAAAAUGAAUUCUCGACGAUAAAACUACCGCUGGCUGAUUUUAAACCGUAUUAUCGCGGACGUGAGUUACCUGUAGAAGAAAAUCCGCUGGAUUUAACGGCGAUUACAAAUAUUGGACUUAAAGUUGAUAUGGGACCUUAUUUGCCGGAUAAUCAAGCUGGCGUUGCGGCUUUAGAAAUUGAUUGGAUUAAAGCUACUAAAUAA